AUGGCUUUACUCGUAGACAAACACCGCCCACGUAAUCUUGAGGCACUAAGCUAUCAUCCUGAGCUUUCAGAUCGUCUUCGAGCACUUGCACAAAGCGGCGAUUUCCCCCACUUACUCGUCUACGGACCAUCUGGUGCUGGCAAGAAAACACGUAUCGUCGCAACCCUAAAAGAGCUCUACGGUCCUGGUGUCGAGAAAAUCAAGAUCGAUGCGCGUGUCUUCCAAACUACCACAAACCGCAAACUCGAAUUCAACAUCGUUUCUUCGGUAUACCACCUCGAAAUUACACCGUCUGAUGUCGGCAACUACGAUAGAGUGGUCGUGCAGGACCUGCUCAAGGAAGUCGCACAAACACAACAAGUCGACCUAGGCGCGAAGCAGCGCUUCAAAGUGGUUGUCAUCAAUGAGGCGGAUCACUUGACGAGGGAUGCGCAGGCGGCGCUGAGAAGGACAAUGGAGAAGUACAGCCCGAAUCUACGGCUGAUACUGCUAGCGAACUCCACGAGCAACAUCAUUGCGCCGAUUCGGAGUCGAACACUGCUGGUCCGAGUGGCUGCACCGACGGAGGACGAGAUCUGCGGGGUGCUGAGCAAGGUGGGGAAGAAGGAGGGCUGGAAGGAAGUUGAUAUGCUGAAUAAGAGGAUUGCGAAGGAGAGCGGGAGGAACCUUAGGAAAGCAUUGCUCAUGUUUGAAGCUGUCCAUGCGCAAAACGAGAAAAUCACAGACCAAACACACAUCCCCCCACCUGACUGGGAGGCUCUGAUCGAGCAGAUCGCGCGCCAAAUCGUCGAAGAGCGGAGUCCGCAACGCUUGCUGCAAGUCCGUGCUUCGCUCUACGAUUUGCUGUCUCACUGCAUCGACUCGACCACAAUCAUCAAGACGCUGACCUGGAAGUUGAUACCCAUGACGGACGAUGCGCUCAAACCAGAGGUUAUCAAAUGGGCUGCGUUCUUCGAGCAUAGGUGUAAGACAGGCAGCAAGCAAAUAUUCCACCUCGAGGCUUUUGUUGCAAAGUACAUGAGGAUGUACGAGAGUUUCGCUAUGGGCAUUGAUUUCGACUCGGCGUAG